GGCGCCCAAACGCCACUCUCUGCUUCUCUGCUGUGUCCGAAGCACCCACAUAACUGGAACGCUCUCUCUCUCUCUCUCUCUCUCUCUCUCUCUCUCUCCUGCUUCUUCUUCUUCUUCUUCUCAGAUAAGCAAGCUCUCCAUUCCAUUGGAAUACCCACGACGGGAGGAGAUUUGGGUGUGAGGUUUCGAAGGAAAAUGGGGAAGAAGAUGGCAGGAACGAAGAGGGACUACGAGGAGAGCCGUCGCCAGAGGAUGGAAGAGAACAAGAAGAGGAUGGAAGAGCUCCAUCUCAACAAGCUCGCCGCCGCCCUCGUCGCCACUUCCCCUAAGUCCACCCCAGUGAAGCAGAGCAAGAUGCGGACUCCUCGAAAGCAGCCGGAGCCUUCUUCCGUGCCUGUGAGACGCUCGAGCCGCACGGCCAACAAACCUGCUCCUAACUACAAGGAAGUAUUCGAAAUUGGUCCUUUGGAAAGAGUGAGGAGUAGGAGCUACUCUCGAAGAGACCUGUUGAACAGGGUAUAUGCUUCUGAUGCAAUAAGGGCAUAUGCCAUUGAGAGAGCAGAGCAACUUCAAUCCAGUUUAGAUGCAGAGUUCCCAAGCUUUAUCAAGCCCAUGCUUCAGUCACAUGUCACGGGAGGCUUUUGGCUAAGCCUUCAACAUAACUUCUGCCACAAGCAUCUCCCGCACCGUGAUGACACCGUGACUCUUGUGGACGAGGAUGGAGAAGAAUUUGAGACCAAGUAUCUCAUUGAAAAAAACGGCCUAAGUGGCGGAUGGAGAGGUUUCUCCAUUGCUCACGAUCUCGUCGAUGGAGAUGCUUUAGUGUUUCAGCUGAUCGAGCCAUUGGCAUUCAAGGUCCAUAUCGUCAGAGCCUAUGAAUCGGAGGAGAAGGAAGCGGAAGUCGCCGAAGAGGAGGAAGCAAAAGACCAUGGAAAGGAGAAGAAGAAAGCGGGAGACCUUAAAGAAGAGGAAAGGGUAGCAGAUGUCCCAUACUUAACCCGAAGUGCCAAACGGAUUAGAGCAAGUAGAAAGUGAACGGGAGCGCAAGGUGUUCCUGUUUAUGCGCUCACGGCUGGUAUAUGACUGACAACACUCUUUUGGCUUAAUUCGUUGCUGGAGCAGUAUCUAUCUGUAGGUUCUAUCUAAAAUUAACAGCAACAUGCUUGCGUUUUGUAUCAUCAAAUUGUACAAGACAAAUUUGACUCCAUUGUGUCUGAAACAUUCAAACUUAUCAUGUGGUUAAUUGCGUGGUGGGGGUAUUGACAUCACUACUUUUUUUAA